GUUUAACCGAGCCGCUCGCCGCUGCUCCUCCCUCGACCAAGAAGCAAAUUGGCCAUGGCGACCCAGGCGCGCGAGCUCCCGCCCAAGCCUGAGCUGCCCCGGGACAACGGCGACGACUACGAGGACGACGAGGAUGAUGAGGAGGAGGAGGGGUGGGACGACUGGGAGUCGGACGGCGACGACGCGGCGGGCGGCGGCGGCGGCCUCCUCUGCCUGUUCUGCAGCGCGCGGUUCGACUCCGACGGCCCCCUCUUCGCGCACUGCGGCUCCGAGCACGGGUUCGAUUUCCACAAGCUCGUGCGGGAGCUCGGGCUGGAUUUCUACGGUUGCAUCAAGCUCAUCAAUUUUGUGCGCUCCAAGGUUGCAGAGAAUAAGUGUUGGAGCUGCCCAGAGAUUUCCCAACUUGAGGGGAAGGUUCCAUGGGCGGAGGACUCAUACCUGAAGCCAUUCAUGGAAGAUGACUCGCUGCUGCACAGUUUGUCCAUCUUUGAUGAUGAAGAUGACGAGGACUGUGAGAUGCCAGUGGAAACAGGGGAGUGUUCAGCGGGCAAUGGGAGGUCAGGUGAACUGCAGGGGAAUGGUCUAAACACCAUUAUCGACGAUUGUUCUGACAUCAGUGCUAGGUUUGAGAAAGCAGUUACUACUGAAAGUAAUGGUGGAGAUAACAAUGGGUCUCUUUCAGAGGAACAGACUGAUAGGCAGCUGAAGAUUACACGUGCUAGUGUUACUGCCAAGGAAAUUAAAAAAGUGGAUGACAACUACUUUGGGUCUUAUAGUUCAUUUGGCAUUCAUAGGGAGAUGCUGGGCGACAAAGUAAGAACAGACGCUUACAGAGAUGCCCUUUUGGACAACCCUAGCCUCAUGAAUGGAGCAACUGUACUGGAUGUUGGUUGUGGUACAGGAAUUUUAAGUCUUUUUGCAGCGAAGGCUGGUGCAUCUAGAGUUGUUGCGGUUGAUGGGAGUGCAAAGAUGUCUUCUGUGGCUACACAAGUGACAAAAAAUAAUGGUUUAUUAUAUGACGAGAAUGCGCAAACAAAACAAAAAGGUAGCCCUCAAGUGAUAAGUGUUGUGCAUACCAAGGCUGAAGAGCUAGACCAUAAAAUAGUAGUUCCACCCAAUGGCUUUGAUGUGUUAGUAAGUGAGUGGAUGGGAUACUGCCUAUUGUAUGAAUCCAUGCUCAGUUCAGUCAUAUAUGCACGCGAUCAUUUCCUAAAACCUGGUGGUGCUAUUCUCCCGGAUACUGCAACAAUUCUUGGUGCUGGUUUUGGGAGGGGUGGAACUAGCUUACCAUUUUGGGAAAAUGUGUAUGGCUUUGAUAUGUCAUGUAUUGGCAAAGAAGUAACAGGGAGUUCGGCUCGAUUUCCUGUAGUUGAUGUACUUGAUUCUAAGGAUAUUGUGACAGAUACUGCUGUACUCCAUUAUUUUGAUCUGGCAACUAUGAAGGAAAGUGAAAUGGAUUUCACCGCGAGCUUGGAGCUAAGGCUUCCUGAAAGCGGUGCAGCUGCUGUACCAGGAGUAACCUGGUGCCAUGGCAUUGUCUUGUGGUUUGACACUGGCUUCACGGACAGAUUCUGCAAGGACAAGCCUGUGGUCCUGUCCACCUCUCCUUUCUCCACACCAACUCACUGGUCGCAAACAAUCUUCACCUUUGAAGAGCCCGUAGCGAUUACAAAUGAGAAAUCAGUCGUUGGCUCAUCUGCAUCAGUUGGCUCAGCGGAGUGCCCAGCUGCCACGAUCAGAUCCCGCAUCAGCAUCGUGAGGGCCUCCGAGCACCGCAGCAUAGACAUAUCAAUCGAAACCACGGGAAUCAGCUCAGAUGGCCAGAAGCACAGCUGGCCAGCUCAGAUCUUCAACCUUUGAGCGAAGUGCUGCCCUUGUGAUGAAAUUUUGCUCUUUACCUUUUCCACCGUCGGAGCUGUUCGGUCACCCACAGCGAUUCUUCGUAUCUUUAGGUUGAGUUGAAAACUUCUCUAUGGUGGUAGGGAGCACUUGGUCCAACUGAAGUUCAGGUGAAGAUGAAAGCGGGCUGAAGGUAGACUUUUUAGUGGCCAGUGUGAGUUAGUGUCCUGUGAGAUGUGUGUACCUCUGAAAUGAACCCGGGCAAAUUUGAAUAUCAAUCCACCAAUGUAAGAUGUUCACAUGAUACAAGUGGAAAUGUUCCACUUUCGUAGUGGGAGUACAUCACCAUCGCUGUUCCUUAGCUGCAUAAUAAACUGCAAAAUGUAGGGUUUAAUAGCGUUAUGUGCAACUUCUUUUGUGACGAGCUUUUAAAAUGAAUAUUCUUCUGGAA